UGGAGAUAUUUUCUCCUCCAAAAGCCCAACCAGACAUUUUGGUUACUAAACAAAAACACAGGAUAGUCUGUUAUUUUGGGUGGGCUAUACUUCACUGUUCUGGUUUCAUUGUAAAUUGAAUUAGUUUUAUGAUCAAUAAAAUCACACAGUGUGAAGAGUUGCUUAAUUGUCUUCCCAUGACUAUUUUAUGAGUGUUUUUGGUUUUGAAUCUGUCCUUCAGUGUUUUCUCUGUGGCUGAGAAACCAAAAUCCCUCAAUGACACCAUGGGGGGCUGAAGGUGGACCCCGGCCCUGAUAAAAGGUGAAUGUGGCCGUGGCAGCAGUCCACCCGGACCAGAAACUGGCCCAAAGUGACGUGAACAAUGAGGAUGUGGGCGGGAAAAGAGAUCUAUGGGAGUUAUGGCAGAUUUAUAUGAGAUCAUCACUAAGGUCACUAAAGGCGGGACUGAAGCGGGGGGGGGGGUGACCGGGGGCCCGGGAGGCGGGGGGAGGGGGUGACAUCACAUCGCGCAGCUCCUCGCUUCUCCUCCGCUCCGCUUCCCGCCUCGGAGGCACACCUUCAUCUCCGGUGAGGAGGCUGGACUCCGGGAGGCGGGAAACACCUUCAGACGCGAUGACCGCCAGUUUCCCGAACAUGGCGUCUGUCGGAGACAUCGACCCGCUCAGCGCGUCCAUCCCGGCCACCAAAGUUGAAAUCACGGUGUCCUGCAGAAACCUGUUGGACAUGGACACCUUCUCCAAAUCAGACCCAAUUUGUGUUCUCUACACACAAGCCAUUGGAAACAAGGAGUGGAGAGAGUUUGGGAGAACAGAAGUGAUCGACAACACGCUUAAUCCAGACUUUGUGCGGAAAUUCAUUCUGGACUACUUCUUUGAAGAGCGUCAGAACCUCAGACUUGACUUGUAUGAUGUGGACUCCAAGAGUGCCAACCUGUCCAAACACGACUUCCUGGGCCAGGCUUACUGCACCCUCGGAGAGAUAGUGGGGUCAUUGGGCAGCCGCUUGGAAAAACCUCUUGGGGGGAUUCCGGGGAAGAAAUGUGGGACCAUUAUUGUGAAAGCUGAGGAGCUGAACAACUGCAGAGAAUCUGUGAUGAUGCAGUUCUGUGGGAACAAGCUGGACAAAAAGGACUUCUUCGGCAAGUCCGACCCCUUUCUCAUCUUCUACAGAAGCAACGAGGACGGCACAUUCACCAUCUGCCACAAGACAGAAGUGGUGAAGAACACGCUGAACCCCGUGUGGCAAGCCUUCAAAAUCCCCGUGAGAGCUCUCUGUAACGGGGAUUACGACAGAACGAUCAAGGUUGAAGUGUACGACUGGGACAGAGAUGGCAGUAGUCACGACUUCAUUGGGGAGUUCAGCACCAGCUACAGAGAGCUGUCCAGAGGGCAGAGCCAGUUUAACGUCUACGAGGUGGUAAAUCCAAAAAAGAAGGGAAAGAAGAAAAAAUACCUCAAUUCUGGAACGGUGACGCUGCUGUCGUUCCUGGUGGACAUUGAAGUCACCUUCUUGGACUACAUCAAGGGGGGGACCCAGAUCAACUUCACCGUGGCCAUUGAUUUCACAGCUUCCAAUGGUAACCCCGCCCAGCCCACGUCGCUCCAUUAUAUGAGCCCCUACCAGCUCAACACCUACGCCAUGGCUUUGAAGGCGGUGGGAGAAAUCAUCCAGGACUAUGACAGUGACAAGAUGUUCCCUGCGUUGGGCUUUGGAGCCAAGCUCCCUCCUGAUGGACGCGUGUCCCACGAGUUUGCCCUGAAUGGAAACCCGCAGAACCCGUACUGUGACGGGAUUGACGGCGUGAUGGAAGCCUAUUAUCAGACCCUGAAGUCGGUUCAACUCUACGGACCCACCAACUUUGCCCCCGUCAUCAACCACGUGGCCAGGUAUGCAGCCUCUGUGAAGGACGGCUCUCAGUACUUCGUCCUCCUCAUCAUCACAGAUGGAGUCAUCACAGACAUGGCUCUGACCAAAGAAGCCAUCGUGAAUGCCUCCGGUCUGCCGAUGUCCAUCCUCAUCGUCGGCGUUGGCCCGGCAGAGUUUGACGCGAUGGUGGAGCUGGACGGCGAUGAAGUUCGGAUCUCAUCCAGAGGAAGACUGGCAGAGAGAGACAUCGUCCAGUUCGUCCCCUUCAGAGACUACAUGGACCGGACUGGGAACCAUGUCCUGAGCAUGGCCCGGCUGGCCAAAGACGUCCUGGCUGAGAUCCCAGACCAGUUCCUGUCCUACAUGCGGACGCGUGGCAUAAAACCGUCUCCGGCGCCGCCUCCCUACACCCCGCCGGCACAGCUCAUCCAAACGCAGAUCUGAAGCCGAAGGCGCCUUUGGCAGACAAACUCCUAAACACGUUCAAUUCUUCCAUGUCCUGCUCGGGGCUGCUAACCACACGGCGCCACCGCGGACGCCGUGGUCGUUGUUCAGGAAGGUGGCGUGCCGGACCGGAGGAAAGAAACCAUCGACACAGAAACCAACGCUGACGAGUAAUCCAGGAAAGAUUUUUAGUCUGAGGAAGAGAACGAUGACAGACUCUGUGAGGGGGCGGGGCAAACAUCAAAGAGAGUGAUCCAUCUCUUGAUCUUAAGCUAACUCCUGUAAAUAACUGGGCAUGCGUGACUUCUGUGUGUCGUUCUCUGCACUCGCUCGCUCAAAACUGUUUACAGAAAAUCCUAGGAAAUCUUUCUACUGUUGGUACUUUUCUAGUGUGGAGCCGGAGCUCGGACUCCUGCCGAACUUCCUGGCCCCCAUCGGUGGGGGUCAGUGGUGCAGGUCCCGGUAGCCUUUCUGUACCGUAAAUCUAGUGCUUGUGUGAAGCCGUUUUGCAUGAGUGUAGCCUCAGUGCAUGCAUGUAGUUGAUCACACCCAUCCGGCCGUGGGGGGGUCUACCAUGUUGCCGUGGCGUCUCCAUCCAACAUGCUUUCUCCUUUUCACACCUAAACUCCCCUGGUGUCAUUGCACUUCCUCCUUUUCAUCCAGAGUUUUCCAUCCUGGAAGUUCUCCUCCGGUGUCUCGGUUCCAAACCUUUCAUCUCCUUCCCGCCAUCUUCAAACCAGCAGCAGCUGCUGUCAGAAUCACAGAAAGCCCAGUGUCAAAAAUGUGCAAAAACGACAUUUUUCCCUUUGAUCUUUUGGUUUCUUCUUCGUUGGUGCAGCUGUGAACGUGUGCACAUUUAUGUUUGUAUGUUUCUGUCAUGUUUUUGUCGUCACUGAAGCGACUGUUUUCCAAAGGUUUGUCUAGAUGAUGAUAUUUUACCUGAUCAACAACAUGUGAACUUCUGCAGAGACGGAUGUUCGUAUGAUGCUUAUGAAGGAAAGAAUUGUAGCCAAUCAGAGAAAGUGGGUGUGUCUGUUAGCCUGGGGGCGGGGCUAGCAGCGCAGACUCUUCCUGUAAGGGGCGGUUCCUUACUUUGUGAUGUCACAAUGUGAGGACCCGCUGGUUUUGAUGGAUUGGGAGGGGCUGGAGCUCAGAGGGCAGAUUCUUAGAGGAAUCCUCAGAAACACAUGAAGUAUCAAAAUACCACUUUGGGUUGUUUAUAGUGAGGAAAAAACAUCAUAAAACACUUAAAAUGUUAAAGAAUUGAUUUGACGUGGUAGAAGUCCUUUAACUCAAACAUUUUGUACUAAAUUUGUGCAAAAACUUUUCCAGAAAACUGUAAAUUUCAUACAAUUUCUAAGGGAAACUCAUAAUUUCUCAAUUGUUUUUAAUAAAAAUUGAAUGACUUAAAAUAAAUAUGUAAAAAUAUAACCUUCAGAAUUUUUUUCGUAACCAGUCUGCUUCCAUACGUCGACAAAGUACACAACCUUAACUAUUCCAUGCACACAAACAAACAGUUGUAUUGACGCGGCUCAGCAUAUAGAAGUGUGCGCAUGCAUGUAUUUUUAAUGUACUUUGAGGUACCUUUAUACAAGUAUUUUCUUAGACCAAGUGAGGUGUUAAACAUAGACCUUUGUAGGCAGAAGAUAUCCAAAAACUCUGGUGUGUGUGUGUGUGUGUGUGCUCGUCACUUUGGUUUUGCAUGGACAGUUUCACACAGGAAGCAGCGGUUCCUGCUUUUGUGUUCUUGAAGUCUUUCUAAAACUUUACUGUACUAAAUGGCCUUAAAAACGUUCACUGAUCUUCUGGGAAUCGUGCGAUGCCUUCUUUCCAGUCAGCAUUUGUUCCUUCAAGGAAUUGAUUGGUAUCUAUUUUGUGUUUCUAUUGUUUUCCAGUGUUUGUUUUUUCAGAGAAAUAAAAAUCUCUCCUUUUGAAAAAUGUGAUGAAUCACGCAUGGCUGCAGUUCUGAUUGCCUGUUAAUACAUAGAUGACUAUUUCUGUAUUGAACAAUGGAAUUUUUCAAUAAAUAUUCAUAUCAAACGAAA